AUAACCGUGCAAACCGUACAGCGCUCAGCUCAUUUCGGUCUUUGGGAUUCAGCCGAGUGACAUCUCCGACUUGAUCUUUUAGGCUCAGUCCCAAAUGACGUGUCUGUUUAAGUGCCUUGUGACAUAAUCCGCUCACAUUUGAACCGUUGCGCGAAAGUAACCCAUAAUGCGUGAUUAAGGAUCGAUGGAGGAUUUGUAAAGAUAAACCCAUAGCAGCUCAAACUAUCAUCACGGUGGAGGAUUCCAAAACCAGGAAGGUAAACUUCGGCUGGAUGACAUGAGCUCGCACAACCGGAGCCAAAGCAGCGCGCGGCGCGGCGACUACGUGUGGCAAUAUGAAUACUACGACGACGAGCCCGUGUCAUUUGAGGGACUCAAAGCACACAGAUACUCCAUCGUCAUCGGCUUCUGGGUCGGACUUGCGGUGUUCGUCAUUUUCAUGUUUUUUGUGCUCACGAUGCUCACAAAGACGGGGGCGCCGCAGCAAGAAAAUGUAGACAACGAGAACCUGCCCGGUCCAAGAAACGGUCUCGUGAACAUCAUCUGUCAGAAAGACGACGACUCUGACGACAACAAUGCCGUUUCUCGUGCCUUCCUGGCUGAAUCCCGCUCGUAUUUUAAUUUCUAUAUCAGUAAGGAGGACGAGGGUAAGCGGUGGCAAAACCCGGGAACAAAGCAGAAUGGACCGCAGGGGACCUUCAACCAGUCAGUAGGUACCGGCCCCACGGUCACCGAACAGGAAGAUGAAGAUACGAGGGUCGUCUUACCUUUCGAUGGACUCCUCGCAGAUGAGACGAGGACAGAUACGGACUGUGACUUCUUGUCCCACUUCAACAUCCCAAACUUAGUCACUUGUGAGCACAAUUCCUCAUUGGGAGAAGAUGACUCGCUGUGCGAGCCGCCAAUCACACCGGAUCGAAACAUGUGACCUCCGCGGUGACAGCGUCCAACAUUCGAACUAGAAAGAGAGCGACAAAAAUGUUUGGAACGUUUGCUUCCUCUUGCCUGGAACUAUUUGGGGCAUCACGCAAGCUCGGAAAUCAGAUGAACCAACAGAUAAAUGCUUCAAGGCUCUUUACGUUUAUGCUAGCAGGUAGCAGAGUCGUUUAUACUACAAGAACUGUUUUCAACCCUUUCAGGGACAGCGGUUACGACAGUGGACCAGCUUAUCGUGUUAUCAGGUUACAGGUUGCAUGAAAGGGUUAAAUAAGGAAGAAAAUGAAUUCAAUGAGCAACGCACUGCAUAAUUUUAACUCAAUCAUUAGCGCUCGCUAAUAUUAGCUAAUGUCAUCUCCGUUUCACAGACCAAAGUUAUACUUGCAGAAAAUAAUGUGGACUUACCCGUGACUCCAUUUUGUCGACUUCAAAAUGCGUCGGAGGUGUCAAGGAUUCCACGCGGUAUGAAUACGCCAAGUCAAAUUAUCCGCCGACGGAACAACAAAACUUUGACAGGGAGAACAAUUAAAAGCCCUUCCCUUGAAAUGUAAAAAGUAUUCACCUGUGUCGUGUUUGUGGGUAAACGGAGAUGGAAUUAUCAAUAUUUCCAAUAGCGGACAUGUUUAUUUUUUUGGGUGACAUUUUUUGUUUGGUGGGGUGCCGUGAGCUUUUUUGGAGGUGUGCCUUGUUGAUUAAACGUAAACACCUGGA